AUGAAGGCGGAGACGAUGACGACGCGGAUGAUGAAAGUGAUGGUCAUGCCCUCCCUGUGGGUCUAUCAACUUUCUAACAUUGACAAACCGGCAUGCAUGCUGAUCGAAGCCGCAGAGGAACAAGAGAGGAACAAGGGCGCCAAUUGCGCACCAAGGCUGCAACAAUGUGAGGCCCAAGGACCAUGUCAAGGGCAACUUGCGCUACUCAGAAACCUCAGAAAGCUGGUCGACCAAAUUAUAGAACGUGUGGACACCCAGAUCACUGAUCUUUACAAGUCCGAGGAUGAACAACCUGGUGGCCUUGCAGGAGAAGGCGGCGAUGUUAGGAGAUGGACGAAUGCUCAAAACCUUGAAAAGGAGCAGAUACGAGAUCACUUUGAGGAGUUGCUGGGAGGCGAUGGAUCUGGAUACAGCCAUCAGGCAUCGCCUGAAGAGGUGGCUGAAUACGCAGAAAGAUGUGCUAUCAAUGGUGUGCACAAAGAACGACAGUGCUGCGACUCCGAUAUGUUUCGACUCGAUCUCCAAGGGCAAGCUCAAAGUGCAUGGAAUCGUUCGGCAGCUGAAGUCUUCGCCCUUGACUUUAUCAAGAAAAACAAUCUGGUUUCGAGCACCCACAGGAGAGUAAUCUACUUGUUCUUCCAGCACCUCAAAUAUCUCCAAUGUAAGCUCAAACUCAAGAUGCGAGGAGAUGCUGCGGUAGCUGCAGCUGCACAGAGAAACAGGCGAGCUUUGAGGAGAGAUUCACUAUACCACCGACAGUUGAGGACUGCACAAUGGAACGAGUUCUUGAAGCACCAUGUUCGUAUUAUCAAGGCCCUGGGAGUGAACGGGAUGUCCAGUGACGAGUCAGACACUGAUGUCGAUGGGGACAUGGUGGGUUAUCGGGUACGCAUGCCUGAGUGGAGGUCGCCAUCCUUGACAAGCUGGUUGCACGCCAUUGACUCGGUGUACAUGAUGGAAAGAAGGAAGACCAGGAUCAGAGGAGCUCUCCCUCAUCUACGCAUCUAUGCUCUGGGCCCGUUCAGCACAAGCGAAAGAUUCGUGGCGGGAUUGCCAAUCAACGCAUAUUCACAGCCCUGGCUCGCCAAGACCCCCAAUGUCUCCACGACGGUGUCACCUCUAGCCUGGCCGUACGACUUUACACUGGCCAACGACAUCUUCAGGACCAGGAGUGCGGCUCAAGCACAGGUAAACAAUUUCAGCGGUGCUUGCUACAGGGGAUAUGCCUCCAUAGACGAGGCGCUGAGCGCAUGGGAUCAUGCAUUGGUCCAUGACAUCAUUGGCCCUCAGGCAGCUGAACGGUUCCGCACUAGGCAGAGUGGACAGAGCAAUCAUUUGCCCCCUGCUUCCCCCACGCACACGCGCAACAUCCCCGCCCAUCCCCAGCUGAGCAACAUCCUCCACACAACACGCAACGGAGACCUCCAACGCCAGCUGCCGCAGCAUCAUCACUGUGCCAUCCAGCUCCGAUCGCUCCGACUGUUGUAG